GCAGUGGCAAAUUCAAUCAGAUCAACUGCGGGCAUCCUCCAACAGACAGAAGCUGGGACGCUUUAUCUUACUGGGACUGUAUCUGAGCUGUUCUAUAGCUUUUUUCUUUUUUUUUUUAUCAUUAUCAUUAUUAUUAUUAUUAUUUGAUUUUGUCUGUCGCGUUUUGUUUUUUUUCCUGGAGAAAACUCUGGAGCGUGUUCGUCAUCAUGAAGGAAAGGAGAAAUACGCAACCGCUGGUGGUGAGAUGCAAACUGGUUCUUGUGGGAGAUGUUCAAUGCGGAAAAACGGCGAUGUUGCAAGUGCUGGCGAAGGACUGCUACCCGGAGACUUACGUUCCCACGGUGUUUGAAAACUACACAGCCUGCCUGGAGCUGGAGGAGCAGCGAGUGGAGCUGAGUCUGUGGGACACCUCAGGUUCUCCAUACUAUGACAAUGUGAGACCCCUGUGCUACAGUGACUCUGACGCAGUCUUGUUGUGCUUUGACAUCAGCCGCCCAGACACAAUGGACAGCAGUCUCAAAAAGUGGAAAAGUGAAAUCCUUGACUUCUGUCCAAGCACUCGAAUCUUGCUGAUUGGUUGUAAGAUAGACCUCCGCACCGAUGUGUGCACACUCAUGGAGCUGUCCAACCUAAAACAGACUCCAAUUACCUACGAGCAGGGCUCUGCUAUGGCCAAGCAGCUUGGUGCUGAAGCUUAUCUGGAGUGCUCAGCCUUCACCUCGGAGAAAAGCAUUCACAGCGUAUUUCGUACCGCAGCGAUGGCCUGCAUCAACAAGCUGCAGCCCCUCCCAAAGUCCAGCCCCACCCGCCGCCUCUCCAAAAGACUCCUCCACCUGCCCAGCAAGUCGGACCUGCUGUCCUCCUCCUUCAAGAAGGAAAAGACCAAGAGCUGCUCUGUGAUGUGAAGGAGGGCAGGAGGGGCUCCAGGUCCUCGUACGCGACUCCCAGCCCCAGCCUAUUUGGUCUCGGGGAAGGGGGGUGGGCAUGAUGGUUUUAUCAGGGCUCUCCUGCUGAAUCCUUCCCUCACCCCCCCGAAAACCAAACAAACCCUCAGAAGAGGCGGACACUCAGCUGUCCACUCUCUCCUGAACCUUCGAGCGCACAUCCAUAUUUUUUUUAAUAUUAGUAUUAUUAUUUCGCUUUUGAAACAGAACUUAAAACAGUAAAGGUUUGGGUUCAUUGAACUUUCUUUAUUUUCCCACCUAUAAACAAACUACAACAGUGCUCCAUCUGUCUGAUUUUACGCAUCUGUAGGCACAUCUUGAUUUAAUCCGAUAUGGAAGUGUGCGAUUUUCAAACCUUGUUACGUCAAUGCCUCUCAGAAAAACUGAAUAGAUAUUUUUCUAAGUACUUAAAUAAAAUCUAGCAUGAAACUGUUGGGGAAUUAGUAAAAAUCCCUUCCUAAGUGUGGUGUGUGAGGUGUCACCUGUUUUACCCUUUUCUGAUGAAAGAACAUUAUAUAGAGGGAGAAAGAGGCAGAAUACACAGAAAGCUUUUCUUGCCCCCUCAGUGGCGAUGGGAGCGGCAGAAGGCAGCGCUGCUGUGCGUUCAGAGUCCGGCCUUCAUCCACCUGGAUGGGCUGGAGAGCCGUGGCUGCGUGGCUGUGAACGACUCUGCUCCACCAGCUUCCAGUCGAGCAAGUAGCGAAGGCUGGCGAGGCUCUGUAUUUGUAAAAAUAGCAGCAGAUGCAAGACCAGGAAAUAUGUGUGGAGGUUUGAAAUGUGCUCCAUUCACUGCAGGAGCCCCUACUUCUGCUAAUGCAUCCGAAAUAGAAAGGCAAAGAGGCUUUUGUUGAAAUCAGCAUCAUAAACACUCGAGCUUCAAGCUGUGUGGGUCUUAUUUACGAGGCUUCAUUGCUUCAAGGCAGAUUUUAAAAUGUAAUUGUCAGAUUGACAAUUAAUGGUAAAAAUAUGCUUUGUUUCAUCAAAUAUUCUUCAGAAAAGAGUUGUAGCAUUGCAAUGAUGACAUUUUUUUUUAACUGUUUGCAGUUUGAAAAAUAAUGCCUUUUUAUUUUAUGUUCCCAGGUCAGUGAGAUUUACCAAUACUGUAAAAUGCUUGUGGAUUUGCAUUGAUCUAAUGUAGCACUCCAAAUGCAACUCUAUUCUUCCAAGACAAAUUAUAGCUUAUGUUUUGCGUACACUUGAACCUCUUGGCCUCCAACAAGCAUCGCCCACUGCUGGCGAGAACGACAAUGGAGCAAAAAUCAAACGCUUUUCGUCAUCGGCUUAAAUCUUUGGCUUCAUGGUUGUGUGUCUGUGCAGCUGUGAGUUCUGCGCUUCUGACCGUAAAGCAAUAACGAUUGAAGUGCUUGUGAUACAAGGUGUGGCAAUAAAAGAUGCAGCUUCGUGAUUACUGUCAUGCUCUAAGUGGUCGGUGGACAGACAUGUCAUUGAUUGAAACCAUUUCUGCUGUACAAACCAGCUGCUGAGCUCAUGUCCGUUCUUCUGUGCAGUCACUGGUUUUUGGAAGAACCGGUGAUGAAAACAAAUAAGGGAGGAGAAAUGAACACACUUCUGUUAGCUGAAAAUGUUAGUUUUUUUUGAUGACGUAGGAACUGCAGCGUCUUGCAAAAGUAUUCAUAUCGCCAAAACUUUUUCGCAUUCUGACAGUGCAAAAUACUUUGACCAGUUCCAAUCUGCAACCUCUGGAUCUAUGUGCAAGGUUACUGUCCUGCUUGAGGAUUAACCUGUUCCCUGAUCUUAAAUCUUUCAUCUCUGUGCUGUAUGGUGUUGCCACCUCUCUGUUUCACCAUGAACAUGGCAUGUUCAGGGUAAUGUGCAGCGUUGGUUUAGUUAGCCACAGAUAUUAGUUUAAUUAGCAUCCUGUUUUACCAGAGUAUGUUCCUCUCCAUGUUUGCUGGAUGUACUAGAUCUGCCAAAAGAGAGUAAUUUGCAUCCAAAUCAAUAUGAAUGGAGCGAUUUUCAUCUAUAGCUCUGCUGACGUUCAUGUCUUGGUUGCAGUUCUUGGUUACUCUGCUCUAAAUUCAGAUGGUGGGUUAAACAGUGCGCUGGCACAGUUUUAAAUCUUGACAUAGUUUUAUAACCAAACUCUACUUUAAAUUUUAUCUUUGCUAGCAAAUCUAUGAGGUCUUCACAGAAAGGCUGGAUUUAUUCUGGGAUUAAAUUAAUCACAAUGGCACUUUAUUUGUUUUACAAAUUAGAUUAUUUCUGAGGGUUAUUGUUUAAACUAGAUGUAAGAGUAAAUGACAUUUAACCCAACUGCUGGUAACCUUUUUUCGAUUUUAAAAUAAAAAUUACGCACUCUUUCCACUCCACUUCACAUUAAUGCACUGCUCUGCAUUGGUCUGUCAUAUGAAAUCCAAACUAAAUACUGUAUUUGUCAAAAUGUGGAGAAAAAAAGGCUGAAUGGCUAUGAAUGCUUUUGCAGGGCUUUAUAACUGUGUUUCUUGAGUGAGUUGGCAAUUGCACACUUUUCAAAUUAGAGAUUAACUUCAAAAGUGAACAAUUUUUAAUUAAGGGCUAGUGUGUGAUAAAGAUUAAAAAAAAUAACAUAAAGUGGGACUUAGGGGAACAAAUAAUCAAACUGCACAGGCUGGCCCUGUCCAAAGAAAGCUAUUUUUCCAUUCUUCUUUUAUGUGUAUUUUUCACUAUUUAACGCAUGAUGUGAGUUCUCGUUAUCUUGGAAAUAUCUUCCUGACAUGGCUGUUGUGUCUUAACAGUGCUGUGGAUUUCCCCCUUGGGCUUAGGAGAGCUUGAAGCGGUCAUUUCCACAAAGGCUUCCAAUAUUCAGCUCCUAGCUACAGUUCAGACUGCGGCUCUCCGUUAUGUAGACAGAUCAUUUCAGUCAACAGGCAGACACCGCCACAUCUAUUACUAUACCAUUAUUUAGCAGUUUAUGACCAAGCUUUCAAAUUUAAAAAAAAAUUAAGUAUUGGCUGAUAUUUUUUGCCUGAUGGAAAGCCUUUCUAUGAUGGGUUGUUCAGUGGCCAUGUCAGUUAUUAUGCAGCCUUUGUCUUGUAGUCAAUGUGUGGUACAAAUUGUGCAAUCAAACUUCUACGCAUGUCCUAUUAUACGGUUAUAUAUACUGUCUCUUGUUUUAUAGUUAUGAAAUUAUUGUUCUUGAUGUUGGUAUUUAUUUGGUGGCUAUUUUUGCCUUUUUUUUCGGUGACGUACAUUUGUUUAAAAUCUGUUUUUGAAAUCCUUCCUUUUUUGUUAUUUUUGUUUGUGUUUACUGCGGUGUUAAAUAAAGCUUGUCCUGGAACAUG